AUGGAUAGCUCUCUGCCUUGUAUUCUCACUGGAUUCAUAUUCUAUGCCUUCGGUUUAAAGUGGUGUUACGAAUAUGCUAAAUAUUGGAUAUCUCUGAGAGCUAGAGAUGAUUCCAAUUCUACCAAAGGUUUAAGAUUUAUGGAAAAAUGUGAGAGACUUAUAAACAGACACCCUAUCGAAGGAAGCUUGAAACUGAUAGCAACAGCUAUAGGGUUAGCUGGAACAAUAACUGGUGGUUUACAGCAAGUUGGAACUGUCUCUCCCAAAGUUGUACUUGCUACAAUCUAUCUGUUUUUUGCAUUCUCCGGUCUUGUUGAUGUAUUGAACUUUUACUUUCCUCACAAUGUAAGCGAAGGUUUGGUAAAAUUGGCACUUGCCCAAAGCUUCUUCAUAGAAGGGUUUUUGUUCCUAUGGGGAAGUGUUGGGAGCAAUGCGAUAGUUGAUAAAAUUUUGGCCCUGAUAGUAUGGACAACAGCUAUAUCUAUUAUUUUGGAACUUGUGUGGCCUGAGUUGAAACUUCUAAGAGCUUGUACAACGUUAAUCCAUGGUAGUUGGGUAGCACACAUGGUACGUGUGUAUAAUACAGUGCCAAUGUUAGGAGAGGGUAUUGCUCUGGUGUUUACUUGGCAUGUAGCUGCUGCUUCAGCUGUGACAUUGUCUGUAGUAUCGGCAACAAGAAGCUGUGCCCCCAAGCUAAUAAUGGAAGAACCACCAGAGAUACCCAUUUAUGAUUACUGCCAAGAACCAAAUCAGAGAAUGUAA